UCAGAUUGACCCCUGAAUUUCAAAUUCUAGAGCCGCGCUUAUCUCACUCUCUUUCAUUCUCUCUCUUCAAAGUCAAUCAAAAACUCCAUUUUUUUUUUGCUGUGGAUGGAAAAUCGUGGCUAUUGAAGAAGAAGAGAAAUGUCGGCAACAGAGAAACUGUUGAUUCAGAUCUUCGAGAGGAAGAAUCGAAUAAUCGAUCACAUGAAGCAGCAAAUCCUUCUCUUCGAUCACCACCUCGCUUCCAAGUGUCUCAUCAAUGGCUUUGUUCCUCCGCCGUGGCUCCUCUCUUCUUCUCCCUCCGAGUUGCAUAAGGAAGAUCUUGUCUCAGGAUUCUUACUUCCACAUCCACAACCUUCCAUUCCUUACUGUUCUCUGUACCAACAGCCAGUUGUUACAACUGAUAAUUUGCCUUUACCCCAUGUUUUAUGCUCCCGAGUUGAUGCUUCGAAUAAAGGCUUAGAUCAGUGCCUUUCUGCUAAAGCUGAUGAGCUGGAUCCUAGUGUUACAUCUCCUCCUCAAGAUUGUAAAGAUGGGAUGAUCUCAGAUAUUUGUCCUGACCCUGGUUUAUCACUGGCAAGAAUCCAGAGAUCUAAGUCUAGGCAGAGGGCUUUAGAGAAUCGAAACAGUGCAAAAGCGUGUAAAAAAGUUGAGUGCUGUGAGAAGAAUGGUGAUGCUUGCAAAAAUCAAAACAAAGGGUCCAAGAUUGCUUCUUUACGGUCCGAGCCUGUGGAUAAGUUGGAAUUGAUCAGGUCUGGUGAUAAUGUUGGGAGUUACGAGGUGGAAAAGGAAGAAAGAGGGCAAUGCAGGAGCAAGGAAAGGAGUGAAAAUGUUUACUCUGGUAGAGUCACGAGAUCAAGAAGUUCUAUCCAACCUUCCAAGUCUGUAAGUGGGCCUUCAGGAGCAGGCAACACUUUUUGUGCUGCUAAGCAGGAUGGUGUGGUACUUACAGAAUCCAUCAGCAAAUCAGGACAACGGCCUGUUGUUGGUCAUGCGUUAUUGGAAUCAAAUUUUAUCGAACCUGUUCAUAAUGCUGGAAGUUGUUGUGCAGUGAAAAAUGAAGAAAGAGGUCAAUGCCGGAGCAAGGAAAGGCAUGAGGAUAUUUACUCCAGUAGAAUCACAAGGUCAAGAAGUUCUAUCCAACCUCCAAAGUCUAUGAAUAGUCCACCAAUUGCAGACAAGAGUUUUUCUGCUACAAAGCAGGUUGGUAUUGUGCUUACAGAAUCCAUUAACGAAUCAAGACUACAGCCUGAUGCUGCUGAUGAGUUAUUGCAAUUUGUCAAGCCAGCUGAUAAUGUUGUUACUUGUGUUGUGGGAAAGAAAGAAAGUGGUCAAAACCAGAGCAAGGAAAGGGGUGAAAAUAUUUACUCUGGUAGGAUCACAAGAGCUAGACAUUCCUUCCAACCUCCCAAGUCUAUAAAUGCCCUUCGUGUGCUGGCAAAACUUCUGAUGUUGCAAAAGCAUGAGUGCAAUAUGCUUGUAGAACCCAUCAGCGAGUCAGAACAACAGCAUAAUGUUGUUGAUGAGUUAUUGGCAUUGGUAAAGCCUGCUGUUAUCUCUGAUGAAACAUGUGGUUCUAGGAAAGCAAGAGACCACCAAAGCAAGGAAAAGGAAAGCAAUGUUCAUCAAGGAAGAUUAACAAGAUCGAGAAGUUCUAGCCAACACCAUAACUGUGUGAAUAAACAUUUGAAACUGGACGGCUGUCCUGAUAGGAGCAUCGAUGAUGGCAUUUGCAAAUCAAUGCAGCUGACCUGCCAUGUUGAUGAUCUUAAGGAGUUGACUAAGCCUUUUGAUAUCACUGAUGAAAGUUGUGGGAUAAAGGCCAAAACAAGUGACAACCAAACAAAGUCCCUAUUUGCAAAGUCAUCAGACAGGUCUGAAGGGGCUGAACUUAAGGAGUUUUCUGGUACUCAAGUAAAUUCCUUGCCUUGUGCCGAUGACAGUGGUCUUGCUGAAUUGAAUCAAUGUGAUGCAAUUGUUGCAGAUACUGACGCAGAUUCUGAUGAGUUAGUUGAGGCUUAUUCAGCUAGUUCUGCAUCUAACUUGGAUGGUGAUAACAAUCCUCUUGUAAAAUCAUUGAAUAGGCAUGAAAGAGUUGAGUUGGAAGUCGCAGGAGCAAGCCUACACUCUGCAUCUGCUAUGUUGGUGUCGCCCAAGCAACUUGAUUUUGAUGAUUUGGAAGAGUGCACUGUGAAUGAAGUUUCUAGUCUUAUUUUGGAGAGUGAAGAAGUGGUCAACUCAUUGGAGAAAAGGUCUCUUACACCACUUCCUUCUGCAGCUGAGCUGGAUGAAGUAACUUCUGUUCAUGGCCAAGAAAAAAACAACUCAUCCCUUGAAAAGCAGUUGCUGGAGGAGCAAGAAGCUUAUAGCAAAGAAGAGAAACUGUCUGAAACAGCUUUGAGCAAGACAUCUGGACCAGGUAGAACUUCAAAUUUAAAUGUUGUGUCCUCCGAACAAGAAACAUCUGAGGCUUGUACAGAUGCUGUAACAAGUAUUCUGCCUGAAAGCAAUGAAAUUUCCAAACAGAAAACUUUCAAGGAAGAUCUUUUAGCUACCUUGAAAGUUUCUUACGAAAAUUUGCUUGGAAACUCAAUAAAGGAUGUGGCAGGAACUACUUUAAAUGCUCAUACAGGGAUGGAUUAUCCCUUUGAGAAGGACUAUGGGAAGGUUGAAGUGGUAAAAUCUCUAAUGUCGGUCACAGAAGCUAGUAAUGUUAAUACUGAUGUAUAUAGUGGUCCUGCAAUUUUGGCAGAUCUUGAUUUCACUGGAGUUUGUAGCCUUGCCCUUCUAAGGGAAGCAGAUGCAACUUUCAGUAAUGCAAUUGAGCAUCCUCGUGAUGCACUAUUUGAAGAAACCAAGGGUCAUUCUCUGAAACAGAAAACGGAGACAAGUCCUCAAAAUCAGAAUGAAGACUUAAUGGGAAGAUGCAUUUCUGAUGACAUUGAUUCAGUUCUAGAUCACACAGAUGCAAAAUCAAGGGACAACAAGGCUGCAAUUCAAUCCAUACAGCCAGGUCUACAUUCUGGCUCCCAUGUGGAGGGUUCAUGGCCUCAUAAGCGGAGGAAGAUUGAUGGUCAACAAAGUAAUUCCCUGUCUUUGUGGUUAAGCUCGAAGAAGGAAGAUGCUAUGCAAUUAAAUGCCAAUAAGUCUCUAGCCGCUGAAGAAUAUCAGAAUGCGGGGAAUUGUAAUUGGAAAGAGAGGGGCAGAAAUGAAAACACCUCAUUCAUUUUUAUGCAUAAUCAAUUUGAUGUGUCUUCUGUCUCAAGUUUGCCCCAAGAGACCCUUGAAAAUUUUGAAGAUCACUCCGUGGAGGGAACAGGAGCAGUAGAUCCACCCAGCAUUAUGUUUGGUUCAACAAUGAAAUGCACUACAGAUGAGAACCAAAUUUUAUUGAAUGUUGGGGAUAAAUCAGAAUUUAGAAAUAUUGAAAAUUUGGCUUGUGAUGAAAGGAGCAAGCCAGAAAGCAAAUCUCAACUUGGACAAGAUGGUGAAUUUUCGACUUCUCUCAUUGGUUUUCCGCACCGAACACCUACAGACUUGAUCAGUGCUGAUCAAAGCAGACCAGAACUUGAGGGGUUCAUUAUUCAGACGGACAAUGAACAGAUAUGCAAUGGAGGAGAAGGAAUUAGCUUUGAAAAAUUGGACCUUCCAAAGACUGCUAUAGAACGUGCUAGCCUUCUGGAGCAGCUUUGCAAGUCUGCUUGCACCCAUACUCCAUUAUCCCAAUUCCCAACCACUUAUGGAUUGCACCAAGCAACUAACCUUUACCAGUCUGUUCCUAAUGGACUUCUAGAAUGCAGGGAGCUAAGGAGCAUCCUUCCUGAAAAUGAUGAAAGGAAAAAUCAACUUAAAGUUAGCACUAGUUGCUUUGGUGAGGAAACGAACCAUGCAUUUCUUGCAAGAUGCUUUUCUGAUUGCUUGCCAUUGUCUAGUUCUCAAGUUACUGGAAAUGUGAAGAAACCUUAUCUUUCUCCUGUUGGCAAACUCUGGGAUAGAAUCACAUCAAACUCCAACAGUUCAGAGAAGCGAGGUAGCCUAAACCUAGAGCUUCCCUGCAUUAGUGAAGAAAAUGAGAAUACAGAAGAGGUGGUUGAUGCAUUUCAGGAAGGCACUGCUUCUGCAGUGACUUUCUCUGCCAAAAGGGAACCGCUUGUUGAGAUUAAGGAAUGUCCAAAUGUUCCUGCAUCAGUUUCUGGAGCUGAAAUAUUUACCGUUAGAGAUAGCCUGGACUCUGUGAACACUGCCUACAGCUUCACCGGGACUGAGAAUGGGAUCAAGCAAAAGGUUGAAAAACACAAUGCCAGAAAGAGGAGAGAUACAAAAAAGUUGAAGAAGAACAGUAGUAUAGUACCGGGGGCAAAUGGUACCACAAGGGUCAAUGAAUCACUUCGUAACAGGUUCAGUAAACCAAAACUAUCUGAGAAAACCAGUUUGAGAAAAGGGGCGCCAAGUUUCUCACAAAAGGAGUCAAAGGUCAAUAAUAUAGUUUCAAAUAUCACUUCGUUCAUUCCAAUUGUUCAGCAAAAACAAGCAGCUUCUAUUAUCACUGGGAAGAGGGAUGUUAAAGUGAAGGCUCUGGAGGCUGCCGAAGCUGCAAAGAAACUUGCAGAAAAGAAAGAAAAUGAUCGUAAGAUGAAGAAGGAGGCCUUGAAACUUGAACGGGCAAGGUUGGAGCAAGAAAAUUUGAGGCAGUUGGAGCUUGAGAAGAAAAAGAAAGAAGAAGAACGAAAGAAAAAAGAGGCUGAUAUGGCUGCCAAGAAAAGACAGAGGAAAGAAGAAGAAAGGUUGGAGAAAGAAAGAAAGAGAAAGCGUGUGGAGGAAGCUCGGAGGCAGCAGCGUGCUCCUGAAGAAAAGUUAUGUCCAAAGAAGGAUGAGAAAGAAAAGAAGUGCCAAGCCCAGGAUGAGAAAGUACAAACAAUGAAGGUUCCUAAUGAUGAAGCAGUGCAACAUGAAAAAAUGCAAAAAGAAAUAGCAGGCCGAAAUGAAGGAAAAAUGUCAGAGAUGGAAUUUAGGACAGCUGUUGCUUCAACUUCUGAUGCUGUUAAGGCAAGCACGGCCAUUGACGAUUCUAAUGCAAAGGUAAAGACAAUGUUGACUGUUAAGUGUUAUGCAUGGGGCAAGUGCUUAAGUAUUCUCUCAGUUUGCAUUGAGAGGACCUCUUUGUUGCUAGCUUUUGUAACGUCGUGGAGACUAAAGAGGAAUAGUCUUCUUUAUGCAAGGCUUAUAUACUUUGCUAUAUUGGUCAAAUGUUUUUCACUGCUGAAUCUUUCUCAGGUAAUGAGCACUGUGGAUAGAGCAACGGAGAGUGAUAACCGAAUUGCAGAUACAAGCCAGGAACAAUCAUAUGAUAUUUCUCCCUACAAAGGUUCUGACGAUGAAGAUGAAGAAGAAGAUGAGGAUGAACCUAACAGAAAAUUUAUUCCUUCAUGGGCCAGUAAAAAUCGUGUGGCUCUGGUUGUCGCUUCCCAGCAAAAUGUAGAUCCAGAAGAAAUAUUUCCCCCAGAAAGCUUUUGCAGCAUUGCUCAAGUUCUCUUGCCAAGAAAGCUCCAGCAAAAUCGUGCCAGUUAAAUUGGAUGGUUUGAUCUUGUAAGCCCAUAGUAUCUUCAAUGAGAGCUUUGCAUGAAGAAAGGUAUAAUUGUCUCUUCGGUUUCACUGGCAUUAUCUUCCUGGCAUCGGUAACUUUGUAGGCCGAAAUCACAUGAUGAGGCAACAAAGCACUUUAUAAAAACCAGUCCUCCAUGGAUAUUCCUUCCAUUUCUCCAUGGCUAGGAAUUUAAAACUUGAAUAAUGUUUCUUUCUGAAAUGCUCACCUGUAGCAAAUGAUUUAUAUCCUAAUUGUGUCAUCAGUAGAUAAAACCUUUUCUUUUUUUGCUAACUGCGUAGAGCUGACAAAAUUCCAUUGCCAAUAACUCAGCGGCAUUGAAGCUGCAGUAAGUAGUCCAAAAUAACUUUUGCAAUUUCCACCUGGCUGAAUUUUCUACAUAUGUAACGGCUAAAUGA